CCUCCAAAUUCUUCCCUCAAUCCGCCAAUCAAAAUCAUCCCCUCGAAAAAGAUAGUAAACUACAAAUAUUGCAACACAGCUGUUUAUCAUUCUCUGAAAGGCUCGGCUGUUUCGAGCAUGCGCAGUGGGUCUUGUUUUUUAAUCAAGACCCACACAAAUCAUUUGACUAUGUGAUAUGAGAAAGUAAAGACUGAAAUCAUUUCUGAAAUUUGGAUUAAGAAGCUGUGAACGUUUAUAUGUUCUGGAAUAUUUGAGUUACGAUUAAUAUUUAUGCAAAUUAAUAAACUAUUUUGAUCAUUCCAAGACUGUAGUUUCUGUUCAUUUAUGUGUGACACAUGAGAUAGGACUUGAAUAUUAUCUUAAAUUUUUAUUCCGCAGUUUCGCAUUCUGUGAAGAUGGCAGAGGCACACUCUGCUGUUGCCUUUAGUUUUACUAUUUCCCAUGAUGGCAUCAAUAUUAACUAUGAUCAUGAAAUCUUCAAUGCUGUUUGGCAGAGUGGCAUGCGUUCAUGGAAAAGAUUCAUCAAUAAAUUUUGGAUUAGUCUUUGGACUGGUGCUUAUCCUGCUUCCCCCUAUAGUCUUCUUCUCAUUUCUCUUCUUAUUGCCUUCCUUACUUGGAAGGAGUGUGAUGUUUCCCAUGGUUUAGUUGACUUCCUAGCUUCACAUUUAUCAGACAAUCCUUUGGUUUGUUUGAUGAGUAUAGCAGCCUUCUACAUUGGAUAUGCACUCAUUUUAUGGUUUUUGUUUAUCACACUGGUACGUUAUUUGACCAAAAUGCUAUUCUCUUACAAAGGCUGGAUGUACCAGGCACGCUCUGGGCGUAUAUCCAUCAGAACCCGAUUAUGGCUUGCUGUAGUUAGCUUUAUUGUUAAGAGAAAACCCCAGCUCUUCAGUUUUCAAGGCUCGCUUCCUAACUUGCCUGUGCCGCAAUUAGAGAAAACAAUGGAUAGAUACCUCCUUUCUGUAAAACCCCUUGUGGAUGAAGAAAAAUAUAAGAAGAUGGAAGCUUUAGCUGAGGAUUUCCAAAAUGGAAUUGGGAAGAAAUUACAGCGUUAUUUAAUCCUUAAGUCUUGGUGGGCUACAAAUUAUGUGUCUGAUUGGUGGGAAGAAUUCAUUUAUUUGCGUGGUAGAGGUCCUUUGAUGAUCAACAGCAAUUUUUACGCAGUUGAUGCCAUGCUAGUUCACCCCACCAAUGUUCAGGCUGCAAGAGCUGCAAUCAUGAUCCACUGUGCAUUCUUAUUCAGGCGAUUUGUUGACAGGCAGACUAUAAGACCAAUAAUGGUCCAAAAUGUCGUGCCUCUAUGUUCUGCUCAAUAUGAACGUAUUUUUAACACCACUCGCAUACCAGGGAAAGAAACUGAUAAGCUUGUUCAUUUGGAUGAUAGUCAGCACAUUGUUGCUUACCAUAGAGGUCGUUUUUUUAAAAUUCCUGUUUAUUAUAUGGGUCGUCUAUUGCAACCCAUUGAAUUACAAAGGCAAAUUGAGAAGAUUUUAAAUGAUAAGUCUGAGCCUCAGGCAGGUGAACAAUAUGUUGGUGCAUUGACUGCAAUUGAAAGAACUGUAUGGGCAGAAGCAAGGGAGAGGUAUUUUUCUAAAGGUAUAAAUAAAGCUUCAUUGAAUACCAUAGAAAAGGCAGCAUUUUUUGUAUCACUGGAUGAUGAGGAGUAUAACUUUGACAAAGCCGAUCCAAGUAAAUUGGAUGAAUUUGGUAAAGCUAUGCUUCAUGGAAAGGGAUAUGAUCGUUGGUUUGACAAGUCUUUCAAUAUCAUUAUCUCUAAGAAUGCAAGGGCUGGCCUUAAUGUUGAACACUCUUGGGCUGAUGCUCCUAUUAUGGGCCAUGUGUGGGAAUUCUGUUUAGCUCAAGAAUUCAACACCAAAUGUUAUGAUGAAGAUGGCAACUGUAUUGGAGAGUCUAGAAACAAUAUAUUUCCACCCAGUCGAUUGAGAUGGGACUUUUCUCCUGAGGUCAUUACUGUGAUAGACAACUGCAAACAAUCUGCUGAAACUGCCAUAGCAGAUGUUGAUCUCAAACUAUUAAUGCAUGAUGCAUAUGGUAAAGGAUUCAUGAAAAAAUGUAAAGUCAGUCCAGAUGCUUAUAUUCAAAUGGCUUUGCAAUUAGCUUAUUACAGAGACUCUAGAAAAUUCAACCUGACCUAUGAAGCCUCCAUGACUCGGCUUUUCCGAGAAGGUCGUACUGAAACUGUUCGACCUGUUACUCUCGAAUCUUGUGCUUGGGUGAAGGCUAUGGUUGAUGCAAAUGCACCAAAUGAGGAGAAGAUUAAUUUGUUGCGUAAAGCUUGCCAGAGGCAUCAGAGAGGGUAUCAGGAUGCAAUGUGUGGAAAAGGAAUCGACAGGCACAUGUUCUGCCUGUAUGUUGUAGCUAGAUACCUCAAUGUAGAAUCUCCAUUUUUGAAUGAAGUAUUAAGUGAACCUUGGAAACUCUCUACUAGCCAGACUCCUCAUGGGCAAACAGAUAUGAUAGAUUUGAAAAAAUAUCCUGAUCAUAUUUCUGCUGGUGGAGGAUUUGGGCCUGUUGCAGAUGAUGGUUAUGGUGUGUCAUAUAUAAUUGCUGGAGAAGACACAGUUUUCUUUCAUAUAUCUAGCAAAGUAUCAUCACCUGAAACAAAUUCUGAGAGGUUUAAAGGACACAUUGAGAAAGCUCUGGCUGACAUGAGAAGCAUGUUUGAAACGUAAUUAAUUGUUUGACUGGUAUUGCGUAUUUAUUCAUGUGUUUGGCUACAACUGCCAUUUUGUGCCUGUGAAGUAGUGGAAGAAGAAAGCUGUAUUUUAUCGUUGUAUUCUUAAAGUUGCGUAUUAACUAUUUUUCACUUUUUAGUCUGGUAAAGUCUGCUAAGCAACACUGAAUUAAUAUUUAUGGACAUUUAUUUAAUUAUGUUUCAUCUUUACUGAAAAAUAUAUAUAUAUAACGAAAAAUUAUUCUGCCUGCCCAUAUAUUGAAUUUUAUCUGUGAUUCAUUUUAAAUGUACUAGUCUGUUCUAUUUGCGAAUUUUUUUAUUAUGAAACUGUUGAAACUUUAAAGGUUUGUCAUUUAGUUUCAAAAAUUGCUUCAAUAGAUUUUUACAAAAUCGUGAACUUUUUUUAUAAUUUUUAAUGCAUGAAUUCCCUACUGAAAUGUGUGUUAUCUGUGAUGUUAUAUUUGCUAUUUGAUAACUUAAGUAGGUUCUACUGGAUACAUUCACUAAAUAUAAUAGAUACUUAAUUAUUUGUUGCACAAAGCAAAAAAUAGCAGUUCUUAGUAACUUUGAUUUCAUCCUAAUUAGUUACAAUAACCUGAUUUAGUAAUGUAUCAUUCCUUCAUAAUAGAUUAUCAUUCAUUGAUAUUUAAAAUUUCUAAUUUAAUUCUGCAUAUCAUAUUUCAGUUAGCUGAUAUGAGCUGUAUCAAUUAGCAUUGUGUGAACAUUAAUCAUUGGAACUUAAAAUAUAUAAAACUUAAUUUUAUGUAAUGGGUAUAAGAUAAGUUUCAUAAUGCUUAAAAGAAGACAAUUAAAGCUUUGACUGAAUAUGAAUGUUUUAAGAUACCCAUAUGAGCUUUUUUAAAUUUACAUUACUUCUUGUCUUUUAUGUUAACUGUAGAGUUAUUUGAUUUUAUUUCCUCAUAUGGUUUAUUAACUUCUAUGUUAAAAAAUUUUUGCUGUGAAUUUGAGAGAAAUCAAAACUGUUCCUAAAUAAGGUGCUCAUUUCUUGGAUUAUCUUUCCAUUUAACACUGAAUCCUUUUACCACUAUUUAAACGAUAAGUUUUCUUUAGUAUUUGCUCUGUAUGGAAUUAGUGUUUAAAUUAGGGAUCAUUAUUUACGUUUUUUUUAGUGUUUAUUUUGUUUGUUUUGUUAAUUUCAUUUCAUAAUUUAGUAUCAUUUGUUAUUACAUUUUGUCAAUGCAAUUUGUUUAUUCGACCAAGAAAUAAUCACUUAAAAGUUUUGCUUCAUACAUAUCAAGUUGAUUAAUUCAUGUAAUGUAUAGUCACAAGUUUGUUUUAAUGUUAACUAAUUGAAAGUAUUGAUGGAAAUUUUUUUUUUGUCUGCUGUUUGUUUUAUGUUUUUUAAUAUAUUUAGUCUUUAUUUAGAAGUGUAUUUUUCAUUCAUUGUUCUCAUUUCUCUUAAUGGUACUACUUACUUAUAUUUGGGGGAAAAAUGUGUUCAGUUUUGCAAUGAUAGAUUACUAAAGACCUAAGGCAUUAAUGAUAUAAUAAGCUCUAUAUAAAUAAGGAUAAAUUAAUUGUACAUUAUGUUAUACCCCUUUAAAACUACUUGUUAAUUUCAUUAAUAUUUUCUGUUUUAUAAAUAUUUUUUAAAGUAAGGAAAGAAAAUGUAAAUUUAGAUGCAUUGUACUGCAUAUGUUGUUACUUGAAAAUUAUUAAUAGCUAUAUUUACAGAAAUAAAAAAAAAUGUGUUCAAAAUAUUAAAAGAUUUAAUCCUUAAAUAUUAAAAGCUAUUAAAUGAGUCCUUUAGUCUGUUGUUAUUAACACUUAAUCGAUAUUCUGAUUUUUUUUCCAUGUAUUAUGUAUUUCCAUGCAUUAUUCAGAUUUGCUUUAUUGAAGCCACUAGUUAAUGUUAUUCAUUAUUGUUAUUCAUAAAUGUUAUUCAUUUAAAUUCACAUGAAGCCUCUGUAACAGAAUUAAGGCAUCAUGAUGGCAGAAACUGCUGGUUUAUUUUUGACUGAGAGUCAUAAGUAUUUGUCAUUGGUUCGGCUGAUGAAUCCUAGAAGUUUUCCAUCUCAUUGCAGAAGAAUACGGAGGUUUCUACUACUGGCCAUGUCGUAAUGUUUCAAAAGGUUUCUUUUAGUGUCUCCUAGGAUUCAUCAAACUUCCUAAAGAAAUAGUUGCAAUUUAUGUAAGUCUGUACUAAUGAAUGAGUAAUGUGUGUCCUCAUAAUCAUUUAAUUUUACCUGAAUUAUUGCACAAGCUUAUGAUGAAUAUGCUGGGUCAUGACUAGUUUUUUUUUUCAAUAUAUUAUUAUUAUUAUAUUUGUGUUGAUAAUCAAAUCUUUGUCAGGUCUAUAAUGUGCACAAAUCCCUGUUGAAUAUUUUUUUUCUUCCAUUUUUAAACUGAGCAAGAAGUACCUACUCAUUAAAUCAUGUUCUGAUAAUGCUAUUAGUGGCAGCUUUAAAAACAAUGGCAAGUGUUGGCAAGGCAGCUCCUUAUUUCCUCUAAUAAAGUUUGUAAUAAUAAAAUUAGUUAUCCAAAUGAAAUUAAGAAGCAGGGUUUUAAUAUUAAUUCAUUUUUCCCCAGUAGAACACCGAAGUCAAGCACCACUAGCUGCGGUCAGUAAGCGGGUGGGUGAACACUUUGAUCUGCCUGUGUAGGGACUGAGGGUGCACGGUAUUGUUCCUCUCUGAACUGUUUCACUGUAAAGUGCUAGACUUCGCGCCCAGGUCGUUGAGUUACUAUGGCGGAGGAGCAAUCCUCCUUUCAGAGGAGCAAAAUUGUGAUGGCAUGUCUUCGGAUCAUCUUUAGGAAUGUUUCCCAGACUGUCGCCAAUAGUCCAUUGUGCAGCUCUAGUGCGACGUGAAUAAUAAUACCUACCUGCCUAAUAUUAAUUUCACAUAAUUGUUUAUUUUUGAGUAAGAUGGUUUUAAUUUAAACAAUAAUAUAGAAAAAAAAGGGAAUGAGUUUUAGUCAGUAAGUAGUUAUAAAUUUGUAUUAUGAUGCAGUUUUCGCUGUUAAAUGUUUGAACUUUUUAAAUCCUACAAAAAUUUGACAAAAUUUUGAGUAGCAAGCAAAGUAAAAGGAAAAACUCAUAAUUUGGGUAAUUUACUAAAAGUUAAAAAUAGAAGGUCUCUAGUACAAAAUUCAAUUAAAAAAAUAUUUCUAUAUAUUCAUUUGAGCUACUUGAUAAGUUUAUAAGUUUUAUUUUAUUCUUCAAUUUAUACAUUUUAUUGUGAUUAAGUAGUUAAAAAGUAUAUGUUUUAUUAUCAUGUGCCUGACCCCUAGGCAUGAUUGUCAUUAGUGAUGGGUUAUCCAAUGGAAUUUAGAAGGAAAGCACAUAAAAUUUGCAAUAAUUUAAAUUUUAUUGGAGUUCUUAGAAAUGUUUUUAAAUUCUUUUUGUCGGAUUAUUUUCCGAAUUUGAUACACUUAUCAAAGUACAGUGCGGUUAGUGAAUAGACAGUUUAUUUUUAAAAUUGUAAUUAAUAAUAUGCGUGCCUUAGCAUGAUCAAUUUUUGCUCCCUAAAAAAAAACAAUUUAAUCUGUUGAAGGCAUUUAAUGGCCUAGCAGUUUGUUUCAGAUUAUGUGAUGAAAAAACAUCUACUGGUAUCUUUUAGAUUUAAUGUGUCUCUUUUUUUUGUAUGUAGUGCUUUAGAUUAUCAUAAAAAUAAAAUGUUGUGUUUUUGUUAAUGUUUUGUUGUUUGGUUUAUAUUUUUUUCACAGCUUAACAUCUAGAGUAGAAAAUAAACAUUACAAGAUAUGUAAAGUGAUUUUAUCUGUAUUACGGUUAAUAUUGUAUAUGUACGUCCCUGUUGGGGAAUUGUUGCCUCACUUAAAAAAGAUGUGUUAAAGAAAAAUGUCUAAUAGCCAAAAGAAUGUUGCUGUAUUCUAACCAUCAUAAUUCAUUUUUUACAUUAAAAAAUAUAAACUAGA